AUGGUUGAGAUAGUUCAGGCUAAGGCAACCGUUACUCUGUUCAAAGUCAGUGAGCUACGUGAUCAGAGGCCAGGAGACAAAUCCUUAAGCUCUUGCCCUGAAUUUUACAGUAGAAUUUCACAAGCUGAUAUCCCAAAAGCCAGUGAAGCUUUUAAUAAAGGUAACCCCAAGGUUGCAGAGCAAGGCAUGAAUGAGGCUGAUUCAUGCGAACAUGGUUUUUCAGGCAGUUCUCCUCUCACAGAUUACAACAAAUAUGUCCAUGGUGUUGCGGCUGUGGCUGCUGCAAUUGCCAGGACAUUGCUUUCAUAUAGUUGGUCAAUAAAGGAAAUCAUUUCAAUGAAGAAUUUAAUCUCUCUAGCACUCAUAUUUCUCAUUCAAGUUUCCCUACUUCCAGCAAGCCAAUGCAGGGUUUACUUGCCAAUGGAUGCCAGUCUCAUUGACAAAACCUGCAAACAAACACCCAAUUAUGAUGUUUGUGUCUCUACUAUUAACUCAGACCCUCGAAGCACCGGUGCAGAUGUCAAAGGUUUAGGCCUCAUCAUGGUUGAUGCAGUUAAGGAUAAGGCAACCGGUGCUCUGAACAAAGCCAACGAGCUGCUUAAGCAGAGCCCAGGAGAUCAAGCCUUACUCUCUUGCGUCAAAAUAUACAAUGAGGUUUUACAAAAUGAUGUCCCACAAGGCAGUCAAGCUUUCACUCAAGGUGAUUCUAAGUCGGCAGAGCAAGGCAUGAAUGAUAUUGCCACGGAAGCAGAUUCAUGUGAAAGUGGUUUUUCAAGCAGCUCUCCUUUGGUAGGUAACAACAAAGCUCUCCUUGAUGUUGCGGCUGUGGCUGCAGCAAUUGCCAGGACAUUGCCUUGA